CCGCACUAACUGGUUCCGGGUAUCAACAUCCUGUUGGCUAACGUUAGCUGACACACAGUCUCCGCUACACGUUCAACUACAUAGAGGAUUGACAGAAAUACCACAACAGAAUGGACGGUGAGGAGAGAACCUAUGGUGGCUGUGAAGGGCCAGAUGCCAUGUAUGUGAAACUGAUCUCCUCAGAUGGCCAUGAAUUCAUAGUGAAGAGAGAACAUGCCUUGACAUCUGGGACUAUCAAAGCCAUGUUAAGCGGGCCAGGACAGUUUGCUGAGAACGAAACCAACGAAGUGAACUUCAGGGAGAUCCCAUCCCAUGUCCUGUCCAAGGUCUGCAUGUAUUUCACCUACAAGGUCCGUUACACCAACAGCUCCACAGAAAUACCUGAAUUCCCCAUCGCUCCGGAGAUCGCACUGGAACUGCUCAUGGCUGCAAACUUUUUGGAUUGCUAAAGUGAUGAAGAUAAUGUAAAAGCUUAAAACAUUUUUAGAUUUUUUUUGGUUUGUUUUGUUUUGUUCUGAAUAUUUAACUUGUUUGACAUUUUCUUCAUAUGGAACAUGAGGUUUCUUUUCUGCUCCUGGCUUUCUGUCAUUAUUUCAUUGAUAUUAAAAGAUUACAUUUUAAUAUAAUAAAUGGAUAUGGCAGGCCAAUAAUGUGAUAAAUGUGCCCCCCUUCCUCUGAAAUCUUACCUCACCUCUGCAUCUAAAUAAAGACCUAUUUGGUGAGCA